AUGUUAGUAUUCAAUGUGUUAUCGCUUUUAGCCGUGGCGUCGGCUUUAGUCGUCCCCCCCCAGGACGACGCGCCCGCGUUGGAGAAAAAGUCCGACUCCAAAGUCAUUGAGCUUGCCGUCAAAUACGAAGGGCGCAAGUACCAUGCCGACGUCAGGCUUGGUUCGCAGGGUAAGCUCUACAGACCGAUGAUUGACUCCGGGUCGUGGGGGUCGUGGUUCCCCGAUGACGACCACUGGGCGUUUGAGUCUACGUCGUUAGUGAACCUCACCACCCCGGUAAGCGUCGGCUACAUCGGCUCCACCUCACCCAGCAAGGGCUAUUUUGUGAAGGACACGAUUCAGUUUGAUAAUGCCAAGUCGGAAGGCGUGCAAUUUGGUAUUAUCGACAAACCCACGCUUGAUAAGCAAGGGCUUCUUGCCAUUGCCCGCCUGCAGGGGUCUGACUACGACACCUUGCCCUACCACUUGAAGACGGCGGGCCAGGUCGAACGCACGGUGUCGUCGCUUUGGUACAGCACGCUGAGAGACACGGGCAAGCUCACUUUUGGUGGUUACGACCGCGCCAAAGUGGGGUCGGAAUGGACCUCCCACUAUGACCCGUUGACGUUUAAGGUGCCCGUGGUUAAAGUGACCACUAACGGUGUCGACCACUUUCCUGACUACGGUGAUUACCCCAUUGUCGUCGACACGGGCGCCCCUAACUCGCUUCUCCCCAGAGCGAUUGUUGAACCGAUUGCCGAGUUCUACAAUGCUAAGCGCGUCGGUAAGGAGUACGAAGUGUCGUGUGACCCUCCCGCGGGUCUGUUCCAGAUUACUCUUGGUAACUUGACGUUGGACAUCGACCUGAAGAGCUUUGUCCACCAAGCCCCGGGUAAGGCCAACGGCAUUUGCACUAUUGGCGCGAGUAUUGCCGAGGACCGGGGUAACGUUACGCUUAUUGGCACCACUCUUAUCAAUGAAGUGGUGACUCUUUUCGACUAUGAGAACGGAGUGGUGUCGAUGGCUAAGCUUAACGAUACCCCGGAGGAAGACCUCGUGUUCCUUGAAAAGGGGCAAUCCAUCUAA